GUGACCCCGGGCGCCACGUCUGCUCCUCCAGGCCCGGCGGAGACGGGGCUGCUGCCAUGGCGGACUGGGGCCGAGGAGGGACGCCAAGCGCGGUGGAUGACCUGCUGGACGUUGAGAACAAGCGGAUUGCCGACAGUUUGGCCACCAAGGUCACCAGGUUGAAAUCGCUGGCCCUGGACAUCGACAAGGAUGCCGAGGACCAGAACCGUUACCUGGAUGGCAUGGACACAGACUUCAUGAGCGUGACAGGCCUGCUGACAGGAAGCGUGAAGCGCUUCUCCACCAUGACGCGCUCGGGGCGCGACAACCGCAAACUCAUCUGCUACGUCUCCGUCGGACUCAUCUUCGUUUUCUUCAUCCUCUACUACCUGGUGUCCAGAGCGCGGACCUGAGCGGGGCCCCGG